AUGUCAGAGUAUCCCGAAGUUCAAGUAGUCCUUGGAUGGGAACCAGCCGACGCGAGCACACAACCCGUGGAAGAUUACAUGUAUCGUUGGGGAGAAUUCACACCAGAUCCAGUGUUUGAGGAUGGCAAAGCCGCCUUUUGCGUCUACACAUACGAGCAGCCUAAUGACCGUGAAUCCGUAAUAUCGCAGAGCUUCAGGAUCCCGCGGACAGUAUUGGACAUGGAACCAAAUAUCCACUUCCGUGGCAUGGUAGUCGAGAAAGGACGCCUGGAGGGUAUCCACCGGGAGGAGUCGGGCAGUUACACAUUGCAGAUGAUUGAUGAAAAGAACCAUCGAAGGACGCUAGACUUCGGCAAGAUCAAAGAAAUCCCCUGA